AAAGAGACAAUGUAUUUUGUACUACAUGUAUUUGCUCUGUUCUUGGUGCCUACUAUAACUGCAACUACAAAAGAUAAAACCAAAAUUCAAACAACAGAUCAAUGUUUGACCGAAACGAGUUCCCUUCGAACACUUUUGAUUCUUGCCUCACAACUUGUUAAACUUCAACAAGCUUGUUGCAACAAAACUGAAACAGAAGUGAUUAAAGGAAUAGAAAAUUACACGGAUUGGGCUUCAAAAGAAGACGUAAGAGAAAUAAAGCAGGAAUUGAAAUCAAUGCGUAAUUUAUUACAGAAAUGUAAAGGAAAGGAUAGUGCAUUUUAUCCAAAAGAUUGUCAGGACUUGUUGUUAAGAGGUCACAAAGAAAGUAAAGUGUACACAAUCUACCCAAAUAAAGAAACUGGAAUCAAGGUUUUCUGUGAUCAGAAAACAGACGGUGGAGGAUGGACAGUUAUACAAUGAAGGCAGGAUGGGUCUGAAAAUUUCUACCGAAUGUGGGAUGACUACAAAAACGGAUUUGGAAACCUUUCAAAGGAGUUUUGGCUAGGAAAUGAGAAAAUUCACGCAAUUACAGAAUCUGGAAAUUACAUGUUGCGAAUAGAAUUGGUGGACUUUUCAAAAAAUUCCCGUUAUGCAAUCUAUAAAUCCUUUAAGGUUGGAAACGAAAAAUCUGGAUAUGUGUUAAACAUCUCAGGUUUUAGUGGAAAUGCUGGGGACUCUUUAACUAACCAUAAUAAUAAAAAGUUUGUAACAAAGGAUCGGGAUAAUAAAGGAAACUGUGGAAUGCAGUUUAAGGCCGGUUGGUGGUACCAUGGAUGCCACAAUUCAAACUUGAACGGUCUGUAUAAGAAAGGCUGGCACUCCUGGUAUGGUGGAGGCGUAAACUGGGAGCACUGGAGAGGACAAAAUUAUUCUCUCAUGUUUACUGAAAUGAAAAUAAGGAAAUCAAACGUCUGAUAUCGCACUUGAAAAGUGUGUUUAGUUGGAAUUUUGUCUCAAAUGAAUAAAAA